AUGUUUCAGUCAUCACAAACGUGUCGAUUAUAUUUGCAUAAAAGGUCCAAUUCCCUUGCACCUUCCGCUUGGCUAUUGCUGGCUCGAAACAAUAGUUGCAUCACAAACAAUUACAGAAGGUCAUUCUUUCAUUCUUCACUUCUUCAACUCAAUCAAAAUUCGCAACAACAACCCUCGGAUCCCAAUUAUGAUUCAAAAAAACAAUUUUAUGAACAAUCUCGAUCUGUUCUCUCCGUCUUUCUCGAAUACAAACAAUUCCUCAUUGGCUCUACUUUUCACUUCUUUGGUGAUUUUAUCAAGUACAGAGAAAUGAGAAAAGAAAUAUCUUAUCGACCUUUUCGAGUAGCCUCCAGAAAGGAACUUUUAUUUAUGAAUGGAUUUAGAUUUGAUUGUGUGAAAUUAUUGAUACCAACUGGACUCAUUUUACUCCUAUAUCCAAAGUUAUUAUUGGCUUAUUUACCUUUGUGUUAUUAUUAUCCCAGCAUUAGACCCUCAUACUAUCAGAGUGAAAAAUUGAAAAAGGCAAUUCGAGAUAACUCACACCAAAUGAGAAAGGAGCAAAGAGAUGUAAUUAUUCAAGAAGUAUUAAGACAAGUAUCAUUACUUUCUUUUGGAAGUAACAAUGCAAAGGCAUUGCAAAAUGGUGAUGAGACUGACAAAAUUCUAAACGACCAAAUCUCUCUAUUAUUGUCAGUCAUUCAAAAAAUUAAUGCUCUCAAAUCUCAUCCAUUGCCUCUUAAGAUUUUACCAAAUUUAGACUCAUUAUUGAAGGAGCUAAAGCAAUUGGAUCAAUCUGAAUUGUUCACACAACAUCUAACUAUAGACAAAUUGUCAGACAAUAUUAUCGAUAGCUUGUGUAGAUAUAGUUUUGUCGCUCGUUUGAUUUUUAAUGGAAUUAGUGGAGUGUUCAAAUUGACAAAUAGUGGUUCUAUUAUAGGGAGUAGAUCUGGAGGGUUGGAGUCGGGAAUGCAUUCUCUCAAGUAUAUGAUGAACCAUCUGUUCAUGGGAGCGUCUGCAACAAGUAUCGACUUUAUUCGAAGAAUGCUGCCUCAACGAUACAAACGAAAAUUGUUGAAAUAUUAUGUGCAUCUCAUUCGUGAAGAUGACAUGUUCAUUCAUCAAGUGUUAGAUACCAUGAGCAUUAAGGAAUUAAUUGAAGCAAGUUACGUAAGAGGAUUUGUUCAUGAGUGGAAGUACAAAUUCAGUGGUGAGGAUGGAAAAAGCAGUUCUUUGGAUCAACCCUCAUCGACUCAUGACCUUAAGGUCAACCACAGAGCAGUUCUCGUGUCAUACUUAAAAUUGUGGUGUGAAUUUAGCUCUAAUGUUCAAAAUGACAAUUUGUUGUUGUUUGUGACAGUUUUGCUGUUCAUUCAUUGA